GCCGCACAGCCAGCGCUACUGUACUUGGUGCCAGCAUGUGUGCUGAUACCGUUGGGUGUAGCGAAACUGAGAGGUGAAGCGGGUGAGAUGUGGAAUUAUUGUGAGGAGCAUCUCAUCGAGAAGGAUGAGGAUAAACAAAAAGAGAGUGAAAAAGAAAAGAAAACGAAAUAA